AUGGUUGAGAGAAAUUGUGCAUCUGAACUAAGAAGGAAAUAUUUUUCAUUGCUCCAAAAUGUCCCUGAAGAAAACCUCAGAACUCUGGAAUUUAUUGUAAUGAAUGAAAAACUAAAAACAUUAAAUGCUGCUGAUAAUAUGCCUGAUUUAAAAAGUGUAGCUCCAUAUGAUCUUGAAUCAAUCAACGGCUAUAGUGACGGUCUCCAAAAUUCAUAUUUUAAUUGAAAGUGAUUGCAGAGAGAAGAUUAUAGAUUUAAAGUUUUAACUAUUGAAAAUCAAAACGAAGCCAUUUGCUUAGGCCCACCAAGAUUUCGGCCUGUUGAUUUAAUAGCAAAAGAUGAUUUUUAUGAAGGAAUAGAAACUUGCUUCUUUUGCUGGCGAUAUUUUGAGACAGACUCAGGAUACAGAUUAAAGGUUGUGACAAUUGAAAACUUGCAAAAUUCAGUUCCGAAAUUGCUUUUUCCAUUAAGAAGAUUUAUCACUCCAAAUCACUUAUUAGCUGUUCCAAAUUUUUAUGAUGGUUUAAGCACUGAAGUAUUCCAAUGAAGGUGGUUUGAAAGAGAAAAUGAAGCCUACAGAGUGGUCACUUUAGAAAAUAAAUAA